ACUAAUAGUAGCCCACACACCAUUUCCUCGCACAUUUUUCCGCUUUCCUCCAUCGCAGGAAACGACCACGAUGGCGUCUUUCUGCCGCUCCGCCGCCGCCGCGGCCAGGUCGGCUGCGCUCCGGUCCAAGUCCCGGAUCGCGAGCCCGUUCCCGGCGACGAGGUCUCCCGUUUCCGCUCCUCGCCUCCGCAGGUCCACAGUGAAGAUGCUGGCGGGCGCGGAGUCGCUGAUGCCGCUCCACAGCGCGGUGGCUGGCGCGCGGCUACGGUCGUGCAUCGCCGCCGACUCCUCCUGCUGGAGCUGCCUCUCCCAAGACUUUGCUCUUCCUCGGUGACGAAGGCUGAAGAGGUGGGCAUCCUACUAGGAACAGCACUCAGGAUGGAUCUUGUUUAUCUGUUUGAUGCUCGGCUUGGCGAGUCCAUGGCUACAGAGAUACUGAACUUUGUUUGGUGACUCGGUGUUUGGGUGCGUUCUUUAACUAGUAGGGUUUCCUGUUGGCUGAAAUGUCCUUUCCUCUGUAUCAACUGUUGAUCUCGUGCCUAAUCUGAACAUGAGUUUCGUUCUUCAUGAAGACAAAAGUUAAAGUUUCUUCUUCAUCCUGAUCACGCGUUCACCUCACUCUUUGUUAUUUUCCUAAAAAUAAAAAUCUCAUGUUGACAGGCCAGGUUAUUUUUUCUGCCGGCUUGCCGUUAUUAUUCAGUGAUUAUGAUUAGUUAAGUUAGCAGACUGCAACAGGUUUAUUGUUUUCUAUUUGGCCGGCUUAUGUUUGUCCUACAUAAUUACCUGUUCCUUUGACCGGCCUACCUGUCCCCUCACAUCGAAUCAAUAAUCCGUCCAAAUUUCCCCAAUUGGAGAAGGAAGGACGCGGUACUACUUAAGAAGUGAGCUGAUACAUUCUCUUAUCUUUACGUGCUAUCUCCCAAUUCUGCCAUUUGCCAACUACCACCAUCGGCGAUGGCCAAGAUCACAGGAACAGCCAUAUGUGCUCUCUUCAUCUUCUUCUCCUUCACUUGCUGCCUACCUCCUCUUGCUGGAUCCUUGUCCUUCGACUACCCAACCUUCCGCUCGGAGGACCAGAAGGCCAUCAAGAUCGAAGGUAACGCUUCCUUCAGUGUUGGGCACAUCGACAUUAGCGGCAACAACUGGGACGUCCGUAAGAGCCAGGGGCGGGCGUCGUACAGUACCCAGCCAAUGUUGCUGUGGGAUGGGCACACAGGCGAGGUGGCUAGCUUCACCACCAGCUUCUCCUUCAUCAUCAAGCCCAAGUCCAACAGCAGCAGGGGGGCUGGCAUGGCGUUCUUUCUUGCCAGCUACCCGUCGAGCUUACCGACUGGGUCUUCAGGUUACUACAACCUCGGUCUCACAAACCAAAAAGAUGGCGCUGUGGCGGCAGGCGACAACCGGUUCGUGGCGGUGGAAUUCGACACCUCCAAUGAGACCGAGGUAUCAGAUCCCGACACCACUUUGGACCACGUUGGCAUUGACAUCAACUCGUUAAAAUCGGUGAAAACAUUGCCCCUGCCAAACUUCAGCCUCAAUGGAAACAUGACUGCCACAAUCCAGUAUGACAACAUUUCAAGUAUCAUGUCUGUCACACUAUGGCUUGGUGAUGGCCAUGGCCCGAGUUACAGCCUUAGCUCCAAGGUUGAUCUCAAGAGCGCAUUGCCGGAGCUGGUUGCGGUUGGCUUCUCGGCGUCGACGGGCAAAUCCGUUGAGCUGCAUCAAUUGCUUUCUUGGCACUUCAACUCAUUGCUGGAGGGCAAGACGGCAACAGUAGUAGCACCACCGGUAUUAGCACCACCCUCCUCGAGAACUUCCGUUUCCGGGGUCAUAGCAGGAGCCGUUGCUGGGGCAUCGCUGUUCCUCGUGGUGUUCUUCGCCAUGUCAGCCUUCUUGCUACGUCGCCGUCAGAACAAGAAGAAGAGGGAGGCAAAGGACGAGGAUAUGUACUCGGAAGGCGAGGUGGUCAUGGAGAUGGAGUUUGGGACGGGGCCAAGGAGGUUCCCGUACCGGCAACUCACCAACGCGACACGGAACUUUGCAGCGGAGGAGAAGCUCGGGCAAGGUGGCUUCGGUGCGGUGUACAGAGGCCACCUGAGAGAGCUUGGCCUCCCCGUGGCCAUAAAGCGAUUCUCCAAGGAGUCAUCCAUGCAAGGGAGAAAGGAGUACACGUCGGAGAUCAAUGUCAUCAGUCGGCUGCGCCACCGGAAUCUGGUGCAGCUUGUCGGCUGGUGCCACAACCACGAUGAGCUCCUACUGGUUUACGAGCUCAUGCCCAACCGCAGCCUCGACAUCCAUCUCCACGGCAAGGGCACCUUCUUGACAUGGGCAAUGAGGAUGAAGAUAGUCCUCGAGCUUGGCUCUGCACUGCUCUACCUCCACGAGGAAUGGGAGCAAUGCGUGGUGCACCGGGACAUCAAGCCCAGCAACGUGAUGCUGGACGAGUCCUUCGGCGCCAAGCUGGGCGACUUCGGGCUCGCGAGGCUCAUCGACCAUGCCGUCGGGAUGCAGACGAUUGCUACGGGAUCGCAGCAAUUCCUUGCGUCACGCCAGGAUGUGAGGAGCUUCCUUGGCAUCGGCAACGACGGCAAGGGCAACGAGCUCCAAUUUGCGAUGGCCGACUUUGGUCCCCCCGCCGCCGCCCCGGCUGCCCACAUCGCCGCCAAGGGCAAGGACCCGCACGUCGACCGGGGGUACAUGCCGUCCUAUCCUGUUGAUCCAGCAUGGUACAUGGACACCGGCGCCACCGAUCACAUGACGAAUGAGCUCAACAAACUCUCCACCUACCAGCCCUACUACGAGCACGAUCAGGUUCACACCGCCAAUGGUGUAGGAACUGGAUGUGGAGCUCGCCUGGAACUUCUUCUUGUCGGACCUACUACGCCGCCUGUGGCGCAUGUCAAUCGACCGGUGCAUGUGCAUGCACCGCCUCCCGCCCUCGACCCCUCCUCGGGAGCCCCGUCUACCAUUGGGAUGGAGCCUGUGUCGGCUCCUAUGGCUGGGUCGGAGCCCGUGACGGAGCGGCCUACGUCGCCGCUUCCUCGCCUGGCCUCCCCUCCCUCGUCACCCCCGCCAUCUACGCGGUUGUCACUGCCGCCCACUUCGCCUGGGCCUAUAGUGACUCACACGCCGCCUGGGCCCACGUCGCCCAGUCUGCCGUCUCCCGGCCCGCUGUCAUCUGGUCCCUCUUCACCGGAGUUCGCUGGACCGGUCUCGCCUGCUCUGGUGGUCGUUGCUCCGCGGCGUCCACACAUGCGCAGUCACAGCGGCAUUGUUCGUCCCAAGGAGCGCACCGAUGGCACGGUCACAUACCUUGCUGCUUGUCUGGCUCAUGUUGUGGAUGAUCCAAACGCCGAACCAUGCAGUUAUCAAGCCGCUAUGAGUAUCCCACACUGGAGGGCUGCUAUGGAACAGGAAUAUCAUGCUCUUAUGCAGAAUAAGACCUGGACACUUGUUCCACCUCUGUCUCGUGUCAACAUCAUCGAUUCGAAGUGGGUUUUCAAGGUGAAGAAACAUGCAGAUGGUUCCAUUGAGCGCUACAAAGCACAUCUUGUGGCUAAGAGCUUUAAGCAACGUCAGUGA